GGUAGAUCAAUAGGUACUGCUCCGGCGGGAAGGUAACAGCGCUCCAUGCAGUCAUGCCAAUGGCCACAUGACCUUGGAGGUGUCUACGGACAACGCUGGUUCUUCGGCUUAGAAAUGGAGAUGAGCACCAACCCCCAGAGUCGGACACGACUAGACUUAACGUCAGGGGAAACCGGUUGAGUUCUCUUCUCCCAGUUGUGCUGUGGGUCAGUCUUCCACCAGAAAAAGCACCAAGACACAAGCUGGUAGAUUCCAACAGAUUUUAUUGUACAGAAUACCAGAACCUUCUCUUUGGCCCAUUUAUAUAGGGGCUCUCACACACCAGAGGGUAAUUGAGGUUUUAUGGCUGGCCCGUUUUAUGGCUGGCAUCUGUUCUUUGUCAGCCGACCGGAGAUGUCAAAGACUGGAGAUCAUGACAAAACCUUUACCUCUAUCUAUAGAUAUAUAUACACUCCACUUGCUUCACUGCCUACAGAAACUCUGAAGAUGCCGUUAGCCACAGAUGCAGGCGAAACGUCGGGAGAGAAUGCUGCUGGAACAUGACCAUACAGCUUGAAAAACUCACAGCAACUCAGGACAUUAGUGACUGGUUGUUUCGGGCAUGUUGAUGGGUUUUGUAUCCUAGUGCAGUCAGUCCCUGCCAGCCUGGUCUUGGGAGAACCAAGCCCCUCGGUCCCCCAUGAGAAAAGUGGAAAAAGAAAUAAGCCAUUCAUGCUCCGGCACAAGCCAGGCGUCUGUCCAAAAUGGCUUAUUUUUACUCUUGGCCCGGCUUUCGGGGAAAGUUUCCCACUGCCUUCCUUCCCUCGGUAUGACCAAGAAGGAUUUUCCUGUAAGAACCCUGCCACGGAGACAGCGCUUGCGAUGGCACGGCCCCGGCAGGAAGAUUUUGCAGAGCCUGGCAUCUGCCCAAGCAGCACAUCGGAAGAGUUUUGUGCUUUUGACUAAAGGAGGAGACCCCGACGUGAGACCUCCAGGCCGGAAUCAUCCCAAGUGAAUCCAGAUGGAAAAGGCCAGCAGACCAUUCUCCUAAUACUACAACGAACGUCUCUUGGAAAUUUGUGAAGACAAUGAGAGUUCAACUGAAGGGUGAUGCCAUCUGUACACUCUUCUUGGUGGUAGCGCUCUUCACCAUCCUCUAUUCCCAGCUGGGCCACACUUCCCUUCGAGAAGAACCAGUGAAGGUCCAGAGGAGGCCUUCACCAGCAACAGGCAGGGCUUUCCAUGCCCUCCAAAGAAAGCUGGAUGCCAGGCCUACAGCAUCAGGGCCCGGAAUUAUUUCUGCCAUGAAGGAGCUCAAGGUGGCCAGUGAAAGCCACGUGGGCACCAGUCCUCCACCCUCAACACCUUCCGCCUUUGAUUUCAGGCAGUACCUUCGGGACAAGGACAACAGGAAGUUUGAUAUUCUCAUUAACCAACCAAAGAAGUGCAAAAGGAACCCAGGCGGCCCUUUCUUGCUCAUUGCUGUCAAAUCCCUGGUUGAGGACUUUGACCGCCGGGAGAUUGUCCGGAAAACCUGGGGAAGGGAAGGGUUGGUGAACGGAGCCCAGGUCCAAAGGGUUUUCCUCCUGGCCGUCCCAAAGAAUAAGACAACUUUGCCGACCUGGGAGAUUCUCGUUCAACAGGAGAGCCAGAUGUAUCGGGACAUCCUCUUGUGGGACUUCCUCGAUACCUUCUUCAACUUGACUCUGAAAGAGAUCCAUUUCCUCAACUGGGCUGACGAGUUUUGUUCCAACACCAAGUUCAUCUUCAAGGGCGAUGCCGACGUCUUUGUCAAUGUGGAGAACAUUGUUCACUUCCUCGAGAGCCGUGAUCCCAACGAGGACCUCUUCGUCGGAGAUAUCAUCUACAACGCACAACCGAUCCGAAAGCACAAGAGCAAAUACUACAUCCCAGAGACAAUGUACGGGUUGGGUAUGUAUCCGGUCUACGCUGGAGGCGGAGGGUUCUUGCUCUCCAGCAGUACCAUGAGGAAACUCUCCCAGGCCUGCAACCAGGUGGAACUCUUCCCCAUUGACGACGUCUUCUUAGGCAUGUGCCUGCAAAGAAUCAACCUGAAGCCUGUCAUGCAUGAAGGGUUCAAGACCUUUGGGAUUACCAAGCCCUCCGCAGCCCCUAACCUACAGACUUUCGAUCCUUGUUUUUACAAAGACCUCAUGGUGGUCCAUAGCCUGAAAGUGGCAGAAAUUUGGUUGAUGUGGAACCUGCUCCACAAUUCGCGACUCUCUUGCACACAGAGGAAGCAAAUCAAGAAGGCUUUCCGCUGGAAAAUGAAAACAAAAGUGACGACUCUUGGUUAUCCUGCUUGAAGUUGACAUACAAACAGUCAUGUUCCACACCCAACACAAAAGACACUGAAUCACAGAAUCCUCGAACUGGACGAGGCCACAAGGACCAGCUACUCCAACCCUGUCAUGCCCCAUACACUGCUUACACAUUAGCCAACAUUACAUUAAAACUAUUUAGUUUUCAUGGACAAAUUUCAA